AUGAACACUGCGAUUCACAACGGAUGGAGAGCUUCCGUAACUUCACAAUCCCCAAGAAAGUUCCUGUCUUUACUCAGAUCCUACCCUAACGCAAUCCACAGGGAGAGAGUUCUUUUGGGUAGUUAUGUUCGUAGAGAAAUGGUGAUUUUGAGUUCAAAGAAAGCGAAUCUCUCUGCUUCGAGGAAACAGAGAAUCAAGUUAGAGAGUAAUGGAGAAAAGGAGCUCACUUUCAGUGAGUUCUUGAAACACCCUUCUGGCAUGGAGGCUGUUAUCAAUGCUAAGGCUUUGGAGAGUUAUCAGUUAGUUGAUGAUGAUGAUGAGAAUAUUUACAGAUGUACAUUGCCAAAAAUUCAGUUAAUGAGCUUUGAAGUUUCUCCAGUACUGGUUUUGAGGGUCGUUCCCACACAGGAAGAUUGUACAGUUGAGCUGCUUUCCUGCAAGUUGGAGGGGUCAGAGUUACUCGAGAACCAAAGUGAAGUGUUUUCAGCCGUUAUGACAAAUUGCAUGACUUGGAACAUGGAAGAUCCAGAGCCAUUUCUGGAGGUUGAUGUGAGCUUGAAAGUCACUCUAGAGAUCUCAACUCGACCUUUCACUAUGCUUCCAGUAUCAGCUGUUGAGGCUCCUGGAAAUCUAGUGAUGCAGACACUUGUAGAUACAUUAGUGCCCCUUAUGCUUCAGCAAUUACUCAAAGAUUACGACGAAUGGAUUCAAAAGCAGCAACAAAACUUAUUAAUCUAG